AUGUAUCGGAAGUUGUCUAAGUUAGAACACUCGGAAAUAAAACAACUUCUUACAGAAGCUAACAUAGAUGUUGCAAAACAUUACGCAACAAACAAAAAAGCACUCGCUGACAUCCUCAAUGACUAUAAUGGUGCAAUAAGUUAUGAUAGAAUUCAUGAGUUCAUAAAGCCGCAACGCGGCGAGGACGAAGUCCAUGCAAGAGCAUUUCCUUUAAAUGACAUUGCUAUUGACUUAUAUCAUAGACGUUCAGUACCUCAUGAAGUAAGGCGUGAAAUGUUUGACAUAACAAAUGCAAACGUUGGUGAAACAAGAAGAGCUGUACCACAUGAAGUAAGAAGAGAAAUGUUUGACAUAACAAAUGCAAACGUUGGUGAAACAAGAAGAAGAGACGACACACUGAAACAACAGAGAAGAGAGAUGUUUAAGAGCGCUAUAGAACAAGUUCGCAAAGCUAACGAUGUCAUGGAAUGA